AUGAUGAACUUCGCAGCAGCGGGCACAGCUGCGGCAUCGAGGCGAGACCGCUACAACACCAAGCGGAAGGCUGCCCAGUACGAAGCUCUGAAUCUCUCCUUCAAGUCGAUUGCGCGCCUCAGCGACAAUGAGAAGGCUAAGAUGAACCUCCUCGAUAACGCCUUCAUCACUAUACUGGGCAAACUCCUGGGACAGGAGCAGAACCCUGCUGCCGCCCUUGAGUGCCACCUGAAGCAUGACGAAGAGAGGCCUACUACACAUGGCCGUCGCACAUGA